AUGAACGAUCCUGCUGGUAAAAUCAGAGGAAGACGUCUGCUAGAUAUUGGCACUGGGCCAUGUAUUCACAGUGUCAUCAGUGCCUCGAAGUGGUUUGUCGAAAUCACACUCACGGACUUUGCCGAACCUAACCGAAGAGAGCUUACGAAAUGGUGGAAGAAGGAAGAGGGGGCCUGGGACUGGGAAGUGUUCUUUAGAUACGUGGCGAAUAUGGAAGGAAAUGAACAGAAAUGGAAACAUGACCAAGACAACAUCCGAGAGAAAAUACAGGGUGUAUAUUUCUGCGACGUGGCACAAACCAACCCCCUUCUUCACAAAUGUGACCCAUUCGACGCCAUCACAAGUUGCCUGUGUUUGGAGGCCGCCUGCCCCACUGAAGAGGCUUACGAGCAAGCUAUAAAAAAUGUAGCCUCUCUCCUUAAAGCCGGUGGCUUUCUAGUUAUGGUUGGCGUUUUGGGUGAAAGCUAUUAUGCUGUCGGCGAGUAUAAAUUCUUCGCUCUACCUAUGAGUCAGAAGCUUGUAACGAGAUCCUUGGAGAAAUCUGGAUUUGAAGACAUCACGUGGUAUCAGUUUGAUUCCCAAAGGAAAGAAGACGAAGAUUUUAUACGUACGGUCUCAAACUACAGGGGUUCUUUUGUCGUGACGGCAACAAAAAUAGGCGAUGUAUAA